AUGGCGAAUGAAUAUCAUUCAAGUUAUAUUAAUGAAACCGAACAAAUUGCGGAAAUUAAAGAAAACGAUUUACCCGAGGAAAUUUUGUUAUCAACAAGUUUCGAUAGUUGCAUAGCAAUAAGUCCAGACAGUAAACAAAUUGUUAUUUUUAGACCCGAGAAGCAAGAUUUUACGUUAUAUAGUAUUGAUGAUUUAAGUUUGAGUAGAACUAUUUCUCCUAAACAAAUUUACGAGAAAAACAUUUAUCCUCUUAAAAGUAAACGCCUUCAUUGGUCUGAAUCAGAUGUUAAGGGUAAACUUCUUCGUUGGUCUAUAGCAAUAUCUAAUUGUGUACACAAUGAUAAAAACGAACGUCUUAUCGCAUUCUCUUGUUUUGAUGCAAGAAGAUUCCUGCAUCGUGAUGACAAAAAUAACUUAGACUCUGGUGAUAAAGUUAAUAACCAACAUGUUGAUAACGAAAGUGACUUAGAAUCCGGUCGUAAAUAUGUUCCUCAAACACGGGUUAUCUCUGCUACGGAUGGAAGUGAAAUAUAUACUUCCCCAAUUGUUGGUGUUGUAAGAUUUCUUAAUAGUGAUGACAAUAGUGAGGAUAGUGAUAAAUCGUUAAAAAACGAAACAGUGAUCAUUAUAGUUAAUGCUUCGGGAAUUUUCAAAGAAGCUAUUAAUAAUAAAAAAAAAAAACAAGGAUUUUUCUCGCAAUUAUCAAAGAUUAAACAAUUCGAAUUACCCCAACAACUUUCAAAUCGUCUUUCACGUGAUUGGAAAGAUUCAUUGGAACUCUUACACACGAGUAUUAUUAAAAAUUAUUUUAUGGUGCAUACUUUAGAAAAUCGACAACAAAUCAUUGAAAUGUAUAGCUUAAUUACUGGGGAUCUAAAGAUGUUGUUUAAACGUCAUGAAUAUUCGGCAGUCCCCAACAUAAUUCUUGGUUCUCCUAUCUUUUCCAUCUCUCAAAAUGAGAAGAUUUUAGCAUUUUGUCGAGAAACUACAAAUAUUACGUUGUACUCAAUUGAAAAUGGUUUAGAAAUUUCUACUAAACGAUUAGAAGGUCAAAAAGGAAUUUAUAAAAUUGCGGAUAUAAAUUUUAUUGAUAAUGAUAGUAAACUUUUAAUAGUCCUUGAAGAAAAGGAAGAUCGAUAUCGUGGUGAAAUUUCCAAGAAUCAUCAAGUAUUUGUAGUAUGGGAUUUAUUUACCACAUUUAAAAAUUCCGUACGUCAAAUUGAUUAUUCCGAAACUGAGAAUCCCUUGAAAAUGGAUGUCGCAUAUAGAUUAAUGAAUUCUCAUGGAAAUGUGUUUGCGCUUAGAGAUAGAGGAGAUAUUUUUUCAAUGUUAGAUCAUAAAGAUGUGGCUUCAAUUAGAAAACCAACUUCAGGAAAAGCAAUGAUUAAUUUUGAUUCGAAGAAAUUUAAAAAGAUAUCUCCGGAUGAUAUUACUACAAGUAAUCAUGCAAUUUAUACUAUAGAUGGGAAAAGAUCUGACACAUCAGAAUUAGCAAUUAUAAAUAAUGUUGAACCAUGGCAAAAAAAAAAAAAUUAUUUUCGAAUAUCAAUUUACUUGGAUCGUGAUAAAAACUCUCAACUUAUUAUAUCGCAUAACACUAUACAAGUAUGGAAAUAUCGUAAUAAUAAUAAUGCUAUGGAAGAACGAGAUGAAUGUGAUCGAGUAUUAGAAUAUAUCUGGGCUCGAAAAAAAGAGAUCGAUGUUCAAGAACUACAAAUUGGAGAACGAGAAUUUGUGUUAAAGGUUUCAAUGCCUUCCACUAUACCUUCUACACCACCGAAAUCAGUUACGAUACAUUGGCCAAAUAAUGUAAAUGUUCUUGAAGGGGCAUGUCGAGCACUUUAUGUAUUAAGUGAGAAGAAAGACUCCGUAAUUAGUUUCGUGAAUGUCAGUCGAAUUGAAUAUUUGGUUGAACAAACACAAAGAUUAGUACGAAAAUAUAUUCCAAAAUAUGGAAUAUUUAGAUUAACAAGUAUUAGAUAUCCAAUUAUGAAAUAUCUUAUUAAAAGUUCUCAAGAAAAUGGAGAUGGAGGAUCAACAACUGAAAUAUCAAAAUCGGAUUUACAUCAUGCUAUUUUAUGUAUUAAAGAAAGAAAAGAUUCUACAUUAAUUUUAAAAUAUUUGAUAGAUUAUUAUGCUGAUAAUACUAAAGAAUAUAAUAAUCAUGGUUGGAUGUUUACUGUAAGUGAAGCAAUACCUUUAUUAUAUGAUAACAAUUUAGGGGAAUUUGUCCAAUAUUUAUUCAAAAAAUCAUGUUUUGGAAUUACUGAAGCUUAUACUUCACCAUUACAUAUAAAUCCUUAUGAUCAAAAGAAAGGAAACAAUGCAGAUGUGAUACACUCUUUGGAUAUCAUAAAGAUUUAUAUAGUCCCAUUGCCUGAUUUUACAGUAUACCCCAACUCCCAAGGUCCUAAAGAUAAUUUUGAAAAUUAUUCAAAAUAUUUUUGGUUUCUAUUAACAUUUUUGUGGCCACGAAAAAAAGUUAUUAAUAAUACUGAAGAUAUGAGUCCUUUCCUUCGUGUUAUUCAUGAAGAGAAUGGUUAUGAAAUCUAUCGGACACCUACAAUUAUGGCAGUAUUGGAUUUUAAAUGGUCAGCUGCCCAAUCAAAUACAAUAUUAAAAAUUAACCUCGUUGUAUAUAUAUAUACUGGAUGGUAUUUGAUUGUUACGGAAAUUAUGCAAUUAAUAAGAGAAGGAUUGGGUAGAUAUAUGAAUAUUUAUAAUUUGUUUGAUCUAGGAUCAGUGUUAUUACCGUUAGCAGAUAGUAUAGUUGGUAUUUCAUUUGAUCAACAAAUGCAUACUUCUGCAUUUAACUCUGUUUUAGCGUUUACAAUUUUAGUAUUGUGGCUUGAAUUGGAUGAUUUAGGAUUACAAAUUCCUACUUAUAAAAUUAAAGACACGUCGAAUUCUGAUUUAUACUCAAAUAUAACAAUUUAUCAGGAUAUUGAUAAAUCUUCCAGGCUUGAUAAUUACUUUUCAAAUCCAUUUUCAUCAAUAGAAGCCGUAUUCAAUGGACGAUGGGAUCAAUUAGACCAAUGGGGUAGUUAUACUAUAAAUGCAAUGAGUGUAUUGGGAAGUAUAAUAUUAGUGUUAAUUUUCCAAAAUAUGUUGAUCGCAUUUAUGAAUGGUGCUUUUGAUAAGGCAAAUGAAGCAGGUCUUACGGCGGUUCAUAGAUAUCGUGCUGAACCUGUCGCUGAGUAUGAAGCUUUAGAAAAAUAUUUUGGUAGUAGAAGAGAUAAUCCUCGAUACAUUUAUUAUAUACCUGAACCUGAUAUGAUUGAAACUUGGCUUGAGGAAACUGAAAAGGAGGAAAAACAAGAAUUACGUCAUAUGGAUAAUUCAUUGUACUCAAAAAAAUAUCAACAUACACAAGAUGAAGGUUCUUCGAAUAGUAUGGAAAUAAUAUCUAAUAUUGAUAAAAUUUCAUUUAUGGAUGAAGAAACUUUUCUGUCAAAAUUUGCUUCUAAAUCAAACAUGAAAUCACAGAGAAAUUGGAAAUCAAGCAACACAUUAUUAAAGAAAACCAGUUACAAUAAAUCAAGUAAUGAAUCUUUAUCCAAAGAUCCAGGUUCGACAAACGUUGACAAUCAAUUAUCAAUGCAAGAAAAAUUAAAUAACCUAGAAAAUGAAUUUAAGAAAUUUUCAACGAAAUUUGAUGAAUUAGACCAAAAUUUAAAAACAAUAUUAAAAACUUUAAAUAACAUAAAUAAUCCCAAAUAG